CAACUUCUUCAGAAGAGCGCGCACCACUGCAAGAAGAUACUUCAGAAGACAACCUCGGCAGAGAAAUCUUCUGUAAAUUUGUUCUGGCAAGUAGGCGAGUCAACAUGUAUAAGUUUGUCACCGUAGCUGUCGUUUUGUUGGUCGGCAUCGUUAUGACAGGUGCUGACGACCCUCCACCCGAGAUCACGGUAGAGGAGAUGCCACCUCUACCGUCCGAGGAAGCCGUCCCACCCAUGACCGCCGAACAGUGGUUGGGCUUGCUGGGGAAUACGCAGAGCGGUAGGGUAAAACGGCAGGCUGGACACUGCAGAAACCUGUACGGUGAUUGCGGCUGUUUCUACUUCAAGUAUCAAGGCCACUGUGAUUCCGACACCGCUGCGUGGCGGAACUGGAUGAACCAUUAUUGCAAAGCUGCAUGUGAAAUCUGUGAACCAGAACCCGGCGAAAGCCAAUGUGCAAACAAGUACGAAGACGGAGUCUGUGCCUCUCUCUUGAACUACCUGCCCAACCCUCGAUAUCAGCGUUUUGUGACCUGUGGCUGCCCCAAGGCCUGUGGACUCUGUACAGAAACACAAGAUCAAGAAACGAUUGUCGAAGCAAUGGCCAACACAGAUCAAGACUUUCGUGAAGAUUGCCUGAAGUACCACAACCUGUACCGCGCCGAUCACAACGCUGAUGAUCUGACCUGGGAUGAGAGAUGUGCCGAGGAGGCCCAGAAAGCUGCUGAACGACUGAGAGACCGAGGAGAUGGACAAAUGGAGCACACCAGCCGUGCUGGCCGCACCUGGAACGGCAAGGCCCAUGGUGAGAAUCUGGCGUACAUAACUGAUGCCACUCCAGAGACAGUCAUCGAGUACUGGUAUGAGGAGAGGAAUGACUAUAAACCAGCCAACCCCAUCAGAAGCUUUCGUAAUGAUAACGUCGGUCAUUUUACUCAGAUGGUGUGGAAGGCGACCAAGAAGGUUGGCUGUGGUCAGGCCGGUGACUUUUUCGCCUGCAUGUAUGAGCCAACUGGAAACCAUCUCUCGACUGUGGCCUUCCGCAGAAACGUUGACCCUUAACUUAGCAAAACCCAAUUGAUUUAAACGUAUUUCUUGUAGACGAUCAGCAAUCUCAGAAUACAUUCUGUUACGUACCCACGUUGUUACCGUUCAAUGGGCGAAACUUUGCUUUUAUUCGCCAGAUAUUUGUAAGGCCAUGUUGAGUUGAUUAUAUGGAUGACAUCCGCGCGCGCAUCAAAUUUCGGCCGUUUCCAAAAAAAUAAAAAAAGAAGUUGUAAAUCGUACAAAACAGCUUCAAAAUGCUUUGCAAAAACAAAUAUCAGAAAACUUAUACUACUGUCACAGAAUAUUCAUAGAAGAUGUGAAAGAACAAAAAUGGAGAAUAUGUUGUCUGGUAUACUUUACUCUGUGUGUUCCGUCAUUUGUUCAGCCUUCCUGGCCACAUAGAUUUCAUAAUGAAGGCAACUUUUUUUGGUCAAACCUUUUUUUAUUCGCACACUCGCAUCAGGUUUUGGGUUCCCAGAGGAUGUCAUCCAUAUAAUCAAUUCAACAUGGCCUAAUAGAAGAACAUAUUACAGGUUUGAUAGUUUCUUUUGCCGUCUUCGUCACUAGAGUAGGCAAGCAAAGCAAGGCAAAGUUUUUUUUUAUAUAUCAUUGAAGAGGUCAAGAUCUCAUACUUAAUUCUUAUCUAGGUGUCAGUAGACACUGAGUGUCGUUUUAAUAUUACUAACUACUGCAGCAGGAACUAAGACAAUAUAUGUGGUGCAUCUGGA